AUGAUGAAACUUACUCUCCUUGCCCUCAUUUUGAUUCAAACCACACUGGCAAUCAAGUAUACCUCGUGGCCUGUGCAACCGAUUUACAAUGUGAAACGGGAUAUUCCGAAAGAUCAGACAACGCUGGUUUUUGUCUAUAGCUGUAUGUGCCCACGCAGUCAACGAACCAUUCCCGAGUUCACAAAAGCAGCGAAAGAGUUGAAGAACUAUUAUGGAAUCAAGACGAAAUCUCUCGAGUACUACAUGACUGGUUUCGAGUUUGUUAAAGUGUUGCCAUUCAUCAACCGUUUCCCUAUCCUCAUGCUUUACCGUGCUGAUGGAAGCAAGAUUCGUUACGAUGGAAUCGAUCCUCCAAGCGCUAGCUCCGAUGAUUUCGUUCGUUUCACCCUUGACAACGAGUACGCUUACAAUGGAGACAACGAAAACUCGGUCUCGUCAAACACUGUUUGG